AUGCCAACAGGGCAACGGCUGGGCUCGUCGCGGUUGCGGUGGGUGACGGGUUCCAAGCCUCAGCAGCUCGUGGAAUGCGACCCAAAGCGACUGGCAAACGGGUGGGCCAGACAGACGCUCGACGGAGCGACUCGUGUAACGGUGCAGCCAAAACGUGUCUGCCUUGGAGUCAUGCCAUCAGCGACGGCCACGGGCUGCGGCCACGAUUACUCACGCUUCGGCUCCGUCGACUUGUCCUCGCGGCGAGCACAGCGACUCGGCGGUAAGCAUCCUGACCAUCCGACCCUUGGCAAUCCGCCCUUCGGACCAAAGUUGCAUGCGCAGGGCCUGAGGGCGGUGAAGGCUGAUCACGCCCCUGCACCGGGUGCGCGCUAG